AUGGGUUCUGAUUCUUCCAGGGUCACUCAUCUUCUUGCAGAGCUGGCAUCUGAGUUUAAGAUUCGUGACAUGGGGGCUCCAUCCUUUUUCCUUUGUAUUGAGACGGUCACGUGGAAUGGUAGUUUGCUUCUUUCCCAGCAACAGUAUAUGCAAGACAUUUUGAAGCGUGCAGGAAUGACUGAUUUAUCUUUGAAGCGUGCAGGAAUGACUGAUUGUAAGCCUCUGGUCACUCCAGUCUGUUUGUCUUGGACUUCUACUACUCAUGUGACUCCUUAUGAGGACCCCACUCAGUAUCAGAGUCUUGUAGGGACACUCCAGUAUCUUACAGUCACACGACCAGAUCUUUCCUGUGUCAGCACAUGCACUCGCCCACUACUAAGCAUUGGGCUAUGCUCAAACGCGUGUUACGGUACGUCAACAGGAUUUAACAUUUUGGCUUACAUGUUCGUCCGCCCUCUUCAUUUUAUGUGCAUGCCUUUUCGGAUUCGGAUUGGGCUGAAACAGCGCACUAUGGCUCGUUCUUCUACUGAGGCUGAGUACAAGGCACUGACUGAUGUAUCUGCAGAGAAGAAGUAG